CGUAGGUAUGAAGUUGUACUCCAUUUAUGCUACCACAGCCGUAGCGAAGAUAUCAUAUAGUGAGCUGGGCGAUUUGAGUACAAUAAUUGAUGAAUUAAGGAGGAGUUGUUGCUCGCAGUUCAUCGCAUACUACCAGCUUAUUGCUGAUAGGAAGUCAUCAUUCAAGCCCCAAAAUGCCAAUAAAUAGAGAUGAACAGGGUUGGAAGUAAUCCUACCAAUGCCUAGCCCCAGAAAAGCCCUCUUUCGUGAUUUACACCGUCUUCGAUAUUUAUCGAUCGAG